CCUUUAAAGCAUAGGCUUCAAAGGAUAUUCAUGUGUUCUGAAACGGCUGCUGCAAUGAGAUGGCAUGCUAAUGAACAACCCAAUGAUGGGAAUAUAAGACAUCCUGCUGAUGGGGAAGCUUGGAAGGCUUUUGAUUCUUUGCACCCAGACUUCUCUAGAGAUGCUCGAAAUGUUAGAUUGGGUCUUUCAAGUGAUGGUUUCAACCCAUUUCGGACCAUGAGCAUUUCCCAUAGCACGUGACCUGUUAUGUUAAUGAACUAUAAUUUAUCACCGUGGAUUUGCGUGAAGCCAAAGUAUAUAAUGUUGUCUAUGUUCAUUCCAGGUCCAUCAUCUCCAGGAAAUGAUAUAGAUGUGUACCUACGACCAUUAAUUGAAGAAUUGAAGGAACUAUGAGAAACUGGGAUAGGCACAUUUGAUGCUGAAACCAACCAAACUUUACCGAAUGUGUGCUGCCUUAAUGUGGACAGUUAGUGACUUUCCAGCAUUAGCAAUGCUUUCAGGAUGGAGAACUAAGGGGAGAUUGGCAUACCCCACUUGCAAUUAUGACACAUGUUCUCAAUAUCUCAAACAUAGUCAUAAGAUGUGUUACUUGGGCCAUCAAAGAUUUUUGCCUUGUGAUCGUCCAUUCCGACGAGAUAAAAAGUCUUUUGAUAGUAAGGAGGAGCAUAGACCUGCACCUGCUCCAUUGUCGGGUAAAGAAGAAUUUGAAGAGCUUCUUGAAUUCAACAAUAUCUUUGGAAAGAGAGCUAAAAAAGGCCUGGGAGUGAUAAGGGUCCGUGGAAAAAGAGAUCCAUUUUUUUUGAAUUGCCAUAUUGGGUGCAUAACAAAUUGAGGCGCAAUCUUGAUGUGAUGCACAUCGAGAAAAACAUAUGUGAUAGUUUGCUUGGAACUUUAUUAGAAAUAGAUGGGAAAUCAAAGAAUCAUGAAAAAUCUCGCUAUGACUUACAAGAAAUCAGGAUACGAAAGGAACUACAACGAAGAAUAAAUAAUGAUGGAACUAUAAGUUUGGCUAAAUCUUGUUUCUACAUGAAACCUAAAGAGAAAAGUUUGUUUUGUACUGUCAUGAAAAAUGCUAAAUUACCAAAAGGUUGUGCUUCGAAUAUUUCAGAACGUGUGCAAGUAAAGGAGAUGAAAAUAUCAGGGUACAAGAGUCAUGACGCCCAUUUUAUAAUGCAUUACUUGCUUCAGGUUGCUAUUAGAAAAGUGUUGCCCAAGAAUGUUUCAUUGGCCUUGAUUAGGUUGAGAAAUUUCUUUAGAGCUAUAUGUAGUAAGGUCAUAAGGCGAAGAGAUCUUGAAACAAUACAGUCUGAAAUUGUUAAAAUAACAUGUGAGCUUGAAAAGAUUUUUCAUCCAACAUUUUUUGACAUAAUGCCACAUUUGCCUAUUCAUUUGGUGAAUGAAAUUAAGCUUGGGGGUUUGGCUCAUCUUCGUUGGAUGUAUCCCAUUGAGAGGAACCUAUGUAAGUACAAGGCAUUUGUACGUAAUCGAUCUAGGCCAGAAGCGUCAAUAGCAGAGAGGUUUUUGACUUACUUGAUUUUUUGUUCGAGAUAUCUACAUGAUGGUGUGAAGACAAAAUUUAGUAGGUACCAAACUGUAGAUGAUGAGUUCUCUCAAAAUUUGUCACCUAUAUUCCCUAAUAUAUGCCAUCUAAUUGGAAGUAAGAAAAAAAUACUUUUCUCAUGGAUGCACAGUUAUGUUUUGAAGCACAUCGAUAUGCUCUGUUCAAUACUAGAGAUGAGCAAAUGGAAAAGUUUAUCGAGUAAGAUAAAUUAUAUUAAUAUUUAUUUAUUUUUAUAUAAUUUUUUCUUUAUUAUAUGAUUAAUCUUGAAAUAUUCUUGAUUACAAGGAGCAUAAGAAUUUAAUUGUUAAUUAUAGUAGAUCAAAUGCAUGGGUAAGAGCGAGGGAUCAUAGUCGGGAAUUCAACAAUUGGUUUAAAGAGAAAGUUAAAAAUAUUGUAUUGCCAUAUUAUUUAAGAUGGCUAGCCAAAGGACCUAAUAUGGUAGCCAAAAGAUAUACGGGAUAUUUUAUUAAUGGAUACCGAUUUCAUACUAAAGAACGGGAUUCCCGAGGCAAGACUCAAAAUAGUGGAGUAACUUUAUCGGAAAUAACAGAUAGUUUUGCUAGUGCUAGGGACCAAAAUCCCAUCGAUGGUGAGGUUAUCUAUUAUGGAGUGAUUCAGGAUAUCAUUGAGAUUGAUUAUUGGGGUUGUUUCAGUGUUGUGCUAUUUAGAUGUGAUUGGUUUUGUAAUGAAAUAGAUGAUUAUGGGUUAACUCGGGUGUACUUCAAUAGAUUAUGUAGUAGAGAUGACCCUUUUAUAUUGGCAUCACAAGUUUAUCAAGUUUUUUAUGUGGAAGAUACAACUGAGAAAGAUAUUUAUUAUGCGAGGAGCAAAGUACCUGUUGAUUUGUAUGAUCUAGAGGAAGAGAACUGUCCUAAUAUUGGAGAAACAUUUUGGAGGGAACCUAAUAAUGACAUUGGUUCCUCAUCUAGAUUACUUGAUAUUGACAUUAGAUGGUCAAGAGAUGAUGUACCCGCUGAUAUCAUUGAUACUCCAUCUAAUGCACAAAAUUCUCAUGAUACAAUGGUGGAAACAUCGGAAGAGGAGGAUGGGUUUGAUGAUACUGAUUGGGACUGGAUGGAAGCAGAUGAUUAAAUAAGAAAAUUUUGAAAUUCUUUUAAGUAUAUACUUUUUGAGAUUUGAGAGAGAUUUCGGAUACUUUGUUCGGUUGUUGAGGCCCAUCCCUUCUCCCACGUCCUCUUUGGUUUAGUUGAAUCUGAAAAAUAUUUGAAUAGUCAUGAAUCAAGAAGGGUGCUCAAGCAAAAAUAAGAAAAUAUCCAACCGCAUUCCAGCUGGAUCACUUGCAUCUUUACGAAAUCAAAGGGUUUUGUCAUUGAUAACAAAAAGAACCUUCCAAUCUACAAGAUCAAAUGCAAUUGAAGAACGACAAUCAGAAGGUGGAUUACCUUCAUCUUUGCGAAACCAAAAGGUUUCGUCAUUGACAAUAAAAACAGCCUUGAAAGAUCUAAGGUCAAAUGCAAAUGAAGAACGACAAUCCGAAGGUGGAUCUCAAUUGCAAGAACAAGUCUAGCAAGUGCCACGGAAUCGCACCUCUUCAGCAACACAAGGAGUACAUGAACAAGUGCAACAAGGGAAUAUGGAUUUCA